ACCCAAAGAAACACAAACCACGGAGAGACUUCAGGAGAUUUUCUGCCUUUGAUAUUCUUUCAGCAUUUUUUCACUGUCAUCAUGUGGAAGGCAGCACUCUUGACCCUGGGCUUGUUGGUGGCACUGGUAGACAGGGUCAGGUCUAAUGAUGGUCAUCCGUCUUUCUACGGGGUGAAACUGUGUGGGAGAGAAUUCAUACGAGCCGUCAUCUUUACCUGUGGUGGUUCUCGCUGGAGGAGAAGUGUAGGAGACAUGGAUGUUAUUGGAGAAGAGCCCUUUGAUCCCUGGAAGACAAAUCCUGUCCCUCAGUUUACCAGUGAACAAGAUUCUGCAGGUCCCCAGGCAUGGAAAGAUCAAACGUUGGACGCUGCAUCUGUGGCAGCUGGAUUCAGUCGCUCAGCUCGCUCGCCAGUCUUGGAGGAGGUCCUGGAGGCUCUACGGAGUGCAGAUAGAAAAGGACGUGAUGUAGUGGUCGGACUGUCCAAUGCUUGCUGCAAGUGGGGCUGCAGCAAGAGCGAAAUCAGUUCUCUGUGCUGAACCUUGUUCAGAGUUAGAUUAUAGUGGUUACGCAUCUUGUCUUGUCUUUAUUGGAGAUUUUACAUGAUUCCUCAGUUUCUUCUUCUUACCAUGCCACUUUCAUCUAACUCAUUUCCUACAUGUGGAAUAAUACAGUGCAUGAAUGUGAAUGUGUACUCAAAACCUGUUUGCUGUGAUCAUCACAGAUUGAUAUAUUUCUUUAAUAAAGCUGUGUUGUUGGUA